GCGAGGAGGAGAAUGGCGGGGCUGUCGGUGCGGGACCCCGCCGUGGAUCGGUCCCUGCGCUCCGUGUUCGUGGGAAAUAUCCCAUAUGAAGCCACAGAGGAACAGUUAAAGGACAUUUUCUCAGAGGUUGGACCUGUUGUCAGUUUCCGAUUGGUGUAUGACAGAGAGACAGGCAAACCAAAAGGCUAUGGCUUCUGUGAAUAUCAAGACCAGGAAACAGCCCUCAGUGCCAUGCGGAACCUGAAUGGGCGCGAAUUCAGUGGGAGGGCUCUGCGUGUGGACAACGCAGCCAGUGAGAAGAAUAAAGAGGAGCUGAAGAGCUUGGGCACCGGGGCCCCCAUCAUUGAGUCACCCUACGGAGACCCAGUGAACCCUGAAGAUGCUCCAGAGUCCAUCAGCAGGGCUGUUGCCAGCCUCCCACCUGAGCAGAUGUUUGAGCUGAUGAAACAGAUGAAGCUGUGUGUCCAGAACAGCCCUCAGGAGGCUCGCAGCAUGCUGCUACAGAACCCACAGCUCGCUUAUGCUCUGCUGCAGGCCCAGGUGGUGAUGCGAAUUGUUGAUCCUGAGAUUGCUCUGAAAAUUCUGCAUCGCCAGACCACUGUUCCUUCUCUGAUUCCAGGCAAUCCACAAGCAGUUCCAGGGCCUGGGCCCGGUCCUGGUCCAGGAGCUGGGCCUGGACCUGGGCCCGGUCCUGGUCCGAACACACAGAUGAACCAACCGAAUGUCCCAACAUCCCAGCCACAGCCAAUAGGUGGCAUGCAUGUCAAUGGAGCCCCUCCUCUGAUGCAGCCUUCUAUGCCAGGGGGAGUACCAGCCCCAGGUCAGAUGCCCACCUCUGUACCCGGCCCUGGCCCCAUGGCUCCAGGUGGGGGCAUGCCAGGAGGUGGGCCAAUGCUCAUGGAACGCGGGCAAGUGGACAAUGAGAGUGAUGCUUUCCCCAGUAAUGCUCCAUCAGGGAACAUGCAGCUCUCUCCUGUGGGACCUGCCAGGCCUUCCUCUAUUGAGCGAGUUCAAGUGCCAAUGCCAGACCCAAGGGCCCCCAUGCAACGUGGACCAAUGCCAGCUAGUGGCCCGCCACCCCGAGGCCUCUUGGGAGAUGCCCCAAAUGACCCCCGUGGAGGGACCUUGCUUUCAGUUACUGGAGAAGUUGAGCCCAGAGGUUACCUUGGCCCACCCCACCAGGGUCCCCCUCACCAAGGCCCACCCAUGCACCACAUGCCUGGCCACGACAGCCGAGGGCCACCCCCACAUGAAAUGAGAGGAGGACCAAUGGGAGAACCCAGGCCCUUGAUGGGAGAGCCACGAGGACCCUUGAUGGACAGCCGAGGGGGAAGAGAUCCGAGAGGCAUGGAGCCUCGGGGCAUGGAUGGCAGAGGCAUGGAGCCUAGAGGCAUGGAUUCCAGGGGCAUGGAGCCUAGAGGCAUGGAUACCAGGGGCAUGGAGCCCAGAGGCAUGGAUACCAGGGGCAUGGAGCCCAGAGGAAUGGAGCAAAGGGUGAUGGAUGCCAGGGGCAUGGAGCAAAGAGGAAUGGAGCAAAGAGGAAUGGAGCCCCCACGGGGCAUGGAGCCCCCACGAGGCAUGGAGCCCCCACGAGGCAUGGAGCCCCCAAGGGGCAUGGAGCCUAGAGGAAUGGAGCAAAGAGGAAUGGAACAAAGAGGAAUGGAACCCCGGGGCAUGGAGCCUCCAAGGGGCAUGGACACGAGAGGCAUGGAGCCUCCAAGGGGCAUGGAGCCUCCAAGGGGCAUGGACACGAGAGGCAUGGAGCCCCCAAGGGGCAUGGAGCCCAGGGGCAUGGAGCCUCGGGGGCCCGGUCCCAACCCACGCAGUCAAAUGGCCGGGGGAAUCCAAGGCCCCGGGCCACUUAGCAUGGGAGCCAGUGGUCCUCAGGGGCCUAGGCAGGUUCCUAAUAUUGCAGGGACAGCCAUGCAAGCCGGAGGCAUGCCUGGGACAGGCGUGCAAGCAGCCAGCCAGCCUGGGGGCUUCAGUCCUGGCCAAAACCAGGUAACACCCCAGGAUCACGAAAAGGCCGCACUCAUCAUGCAGGUCCUGCAGUUGACGGCAGACCAGAUAGCCAUGUUGCCUCCCGAGCAAAGGCAGAGCAUCCUGAUUCUGAAAGAGCAGAUCCAGAAGUCCACCAGUGCCCCUUGACAAGCUGCGUUCUUGGGAGUCUGGAAGAUCUCUGCUGAAAUAUCUACAAAAUCCAGCCCCUUGUUGAAGACAGCGCUGAAGGUCCUUUCCUUAUCUGAGCCAGAGCAGCAACUGAGCAAAGAGUUUUCCCUUCCUCUCCCCGCUCCUCCUCCUCGGUUAAUUCUUCACUCAUUCUAUUUAGUUCAUUGUGUUUCAAAUAAAAUUUUGCCCUGGAUUUAAG